AUGAAUCAACUGCGGAUGAUUGCAAAAAACUGUCAGGAUGGUGUCGCAUUAAUUCUAGUGGACUUGUGCACAGUAAAGGCUGACAUCGAGCACCUAACUAAAGACCUAAUCACAUUUGAUGGUACAAAUCUGACGGACAUAGACGUCAAAUGGUUUCGGGCUCAAAUCGGUACCGUUCAACAAGAGCCAGUUCUUUUUACCGGUACGGUUGCGGAGAAUAUUCGUUGCGGUGCCUUGAAUGCGACCGAGCAACAAGUGAUUGAAGCCGCUAAACAAGCUAAUGCGCAUGAUUUCAUUGUCAAGUUACCGGAGGGUUAUCGAACUCAACUAAACCAGAACGCCACCGGAUUGUCUGUCGGGCAAAAACAGCGUAUCGCUAUCGCUCGCGCACUUAUCCGUAACCCGCGUAUCCUCAUUCUGGAUGAGGCUACCUCGGCCUUGGAUAGCCAGUCGGAAGCAUUGGUACAAACAGCACUCAGUCGAGCUUGUGUCGGAAGGACUGUGUUCGUUGUCGCACACCGUCUAUCCACCGUGCGCACUGCGGAUCGCAUAGUGGUUUUGGAUCGCGGUCAUGUGAAGGAGAUUGGGACACACGCCGAACUGGCACAGGCCGGUGGCUUGUAUGCCACGCUACUAAAUGCACAGCAACACACAACUCUGGACGAGGUGGUAGCGAACGGAGUGAUGGGGACCAACGAGCGCGAGACACUGUCUAGUGUCACUGAACCCCUUCUAACCCAACCGGACAAAUCCACUGAAGGUGAUGAUCGCGCGUUAUCACAAGAACUUUUCGGGCCAGAAAAGCCGUCCGUAACCAUACGCCCAGGUCGGCGCCGACGACGACAGCACCAACAGAAAAUUUUCACCCUGGCAAAUGAACCUGAUCAAAUGCAAAAUCGUAUCAAUCUGAUCGCAGGUAUUAUGGCGCUUCUGGGUCUGAUUCGAUUGGCCAGUUCCACGUUUCAAGAAUUGGCCUGGUUUGACGAACCAGACAAUCAGGUCGGUGCUUUGACGGCACAUUUAGCCUCGGACGCAAAUAAGGUGCAUCCAAUUUGUGGUUCCGCUAUGGGUCAGAUUGUCGAAUCUGUGGUGUUACUCAUUUUUUCCCUGAUUGUUGCAUUCUACUACAACUGGAAACUCACUCUGAUCGUCGCUGUAUUCUUCCCAGUAAUCAUGUUUGCCAGUUUCAUCAAUGUAAGUCCACGUUCGUGCUGGUGUGUUUACACCCGCAGUUUAUUCUUUUCUGCUUAA